AUGUCGUUUAUGGGUGGCGCUGAAUGUUCGACAUCUGCGAACCCCCUCAGCCAGCUUCAUAAGCAUACUCAGAAUGACAGAACACUCCAGCAAGACCGUCUAGUCGGUCGAGGACCUGGAGGACAGCUCAAUGGAUUCCGAAGCCAGAGCGCCAGUGCGCCCCAGGACGAGAUGAUGAAUGGCUUCCUUAACCAAGGCCCAAGCCUCCAGCAAGAAUUCCCCAUGCAGCCGAGCCAGAUGGCCCCUCUUAGCCUAGCCCAAUCCCAUAUGCGAGCCAACUCGGCGUCACCAACAUGGGCGCACGACUUCAAUGGCCAGCCAGCGAUGGAGUCAACUUUCCAGGCGCCACCUGCUGCACAAUCACACUUUAACGCUGACGAAUUUGCCCGUUUUCAGCAGCUUAACACACAAGGUUCUUCCGCGAGAGCGAGUCCGAUGCAAAGCAACGUUCCUAGCCAGAUGAACCAACAAAGACCCAUGAUGGGCGGCAUGAUGAACAGACCGAUGGGUUACACUCCCAUGUUUCAACCUAUGUACCAGAACCAGCAGCCCAUGCACCAACCACAACAGCAGGAUCUCAAGGGCAAGGGCCGCCUCGUGGAACUCGACGACCACAAGUGGGAGGAGCAGUUCGCCUCGAUGGAGCUGCAAGAUAACGAUAAGGCUAAGGAACAAGAAGAGGCAAAUGCCGCAGAGCAGGAGCUUAACGAAAUGGACAAAGGACUGACGGCCGAAACUAAUGAGUUGGGUGACUUCGAAUCUAUAUGGAGAGGAAUACAAGCUGAGACGGCUGCUUCUAGACAAGACUUUGACCAAUUCGAUACCGAAUGGAGCAACAACAUGAUGCCCGAUUUCGAGGGUAUGGGAGACUGGGGCCGCCUUGGGGACCCGGCUGUCGAAACCUACCUAUUCGAACAAGACAACUUCUUCCGCGACGAAAAGAACGCUUUCGAGGAGGGUGUGCGCAUCAUGAGAGAAGGCGGAAACCUGUCCUUGGCCGCGCUGGCUUUCGAAUCCGCUGUCCAGCAGAAUCCUAAUCAUACCGAGGCGUGGGUUUACCUAGGAACAGCCCAGGCGCAGAAUGAGAAAGAAACAGCAGCCAUCAGGGCUCUCGAGCAAGCGCUGAAACUUGACCCCAACAACUUGGCGGCCUUGAUGGGCCUGGCAGUAUCAUACACCAAUGAAGGAUACGACAGCACAGCAUAUCGAACUCUUGAGAGGUGGUUGUCCGUUAAGUAUCCUAACAUUCUCGAUCCCAAAGACCUACACCCACCCGCAGAGAUGGGUUUCACAGACCGGCAGCAGCUUCAUGACAAGGUGACAAAUCUGUUUAUCAAGGCGGCCCAGCUAAGCCCUGACGGCGAGCACAUGGAUCCCGAUGUGCAAGUAGGCCUAGGAGUGCUCUUUUAUGGCGCAGAGGAUUAUGACAAAGCAGUGGAUUGCUUCCAGUCUGCCCUCCACUCAUCAGAGGUUGGUACAUCCAACCAACAGGAGCAGCUUCAUCUCCUCUGGAACCGCCUCGGUGCAACUCUUGCCAAUAGUGGACGCUCUGAGGAAGCCAUUGCGGCAUACCAGGAGGCCCUUGCCAUGGCUCCCAACUUUGUGCGAGCCCGCUAUAACCUAGGUGUCAGCUGCAUCAACAUUCACUGCCACCAUGAGGCUGCCUGUCACUUCCUAGCCGCUCUGGAGAUGCACAAGGCCAUUGAGAAGUCCGGCCGGAGCAAGGCGUACGAGAUUCUGGGCGAUAAUGCCUCCGGCGUCGAUGAGACACUCGACCGCAUGUCAGCGCAAAACCGGAGCAGCACCCUGUACGAUACCCUCCGGCGUGUCUUUACACAAAUGGGUCGCCGGGAUUUGGCGGAGAAGACCGUUGCUGGCGUCGAUCCGGAUGUGUUCAGACCUGAAUUUGAGUUUUAG